CAAUUCCACGUCCCAUGAUCUCAAAUCAGGUCUCCCAAACAAGUGGGAAAACGGGUUUGAUUUUUGUUGUGCCAAAUCCUCUCUAUGUCGUACUGUAAAAUCAAACCGCUUUGUUCUCUUGUGGCCCUCCUUCAGGCUAAGACACUGUCGAACCUUCCUCCCUUCCAGACGUGUUUGUCCUUGGCAACGACUACUUAGCAGACGAACCCCUGGGUGAAGCCCUCCUGCGUACGGUAUCCAACCGUCUCUCAGCCCUUUGGUUCGCCAGGAUUAUCCGUAGAUCAGAUAACAGAUCUGUGGAGCAGUGGAGUAGUAAUCAGAAGCACAACAGAGACUCUUGAGGCAAAGGGGGGAAGGAUAUGCAGACAUUCGUCUGUCCACUCACCUAGAAGACGCAAAAAGACAGAAAGACGACAGAAAACCUCAAGACCAGCCUUUGGCCCAGACCCGCCCUCUUUUUUGCUUUGCCUUUUCCGUCCACCAACCCUUCAGUUUUAUCUGCUACCUCGGAUCCCGACCGACUUCGCCAUCCUCGUGCACUCUACCGGAGUACACAACCGUCCAGGUCUUGCCACCAACGCGAACCCGCUCGUACCACAACCUGGCGCCGUGUCCAAGCCUUUUCUUCCAGCAUAACCAACUUCUGAUUCAGCGGCACCCUGCUGCGGUCUGUAGUACUCGCUUCCUCUGGCCAUUUGACCCCAUCAAUCGCCUGUUUCGGACACCCAACACGUGCUGUUCUCCUGGUACCGGCGCUCUGUAUUGGCCCCGGAUCCCGCCUGGUCCUUAGCGCACAUUGCCCAGAAGUUGGGGUGGCUUACUUGCCAUCCAAGUACAACUCCAACGAUCGAUCUCGGCAUGUGUUUGACCGCCGACCUCGAUACCGUUUCCGCCUCUUGACGAUCACGGAGCGAUAUUGAAGCCAGCCUGCGCAUCCCCAAGACUCCCGGCGCCGUACAACAUCCACUUUGUUUUUCAACAGGCUUUCAAACACAUUGUGUCCCUUCUCAAGACGGAUAACUAGCCUUGAGCAUACAUAUUGUUAGGUUGAGAUCCAUACGCAAACACAUUGAGAAGGAAUGGCAUUGCCGGAUGACACUCGCCUUAUGAACAACCAAACUUCCAUCGAAGGUAACUCGGCACCUGAUCGUAUGGCUCUUCCAUCAAGGCCACCCCCACCGACCGCAAGUAACGAGCCCCCGGAGCACGAGUCAACCGGACCGGUUGACGAGGCGGCCUCCAAGUCCGAAUCCGGGCUCUCGCCGAAUUCAAAGAAAGCGGGGCAUGCUGCGCAGAGUCCGUCUGGUCGCAAGAAGUCUCCAAAAAUCCAAAAUGCCCAACCAGCACAAUCUCCAGCCGAAACCGUGGGGGUGGUGAACGUUGCAACGCUGGGACUUGUGCCUUCUGUUCAGGGUCAUGCGGGUCAAGUCUGCAGCAAUUGUGGUACGACACAUACUCCUCUUUGGCGAAGAUCACCUCAAGGAGCCAUCAUUUGCAACGCUUGCGGACUGUACCUAAAGGCGCGUAACGCGGCUCGCCCCGCCAACAUCAGGCGCCCUCCCAGCGUGAUGGCGAGCAAUGUUAGGCAGGCCGCGGCCAAAUUGUCCCCCAAAAAAGCAACCGCACCGUUACUGCCAAGCAACCCGGGAGCAACGUAUGUGGCCGCCGAUCAGACGCCGUCAGGAUCGUGCCCUGGAGGCGGAAGAUGCAACGGCACAGGUGGUGCGGAGGGGUGUGGUGGUUGCCCCGCAUACAACAACCGCGUUUCCAAGAGUGCGAGUCUCAACGUGCUAAAGUGUCAGGGCGCAGCAGCCGCGUCUUCCAAGAAACCUCAAGCAGCAGAGGGCAGCGGGGAAGAACCGACUGAGAUGGACAUCACCGCCUUACACGUACAAUCGCAAAACACAACCGUUGUUAUUGCUUGCCAAAACUGCGGUACUACCAUUACUCCGCUCUGGCGAAGGGACGAAGCCGGUCAUACCAUUUGCAAUGCGUGCGGUCUCUAUUACAAGUUGCACGGUGUGCAUCGGCCAGUGACCAUGAAAAAGGCAAUAAUCAAACGGAGAAAACGUGUGAUUCCUGCCGCCGGAGGUGAUGCCGAAAUUGAGCCAAGUGAGGCUCCAGAUUCACCACCCGCGACAUCAGAACCUCCGAUGGAGAAAGGUACGGUCAACGAAGAUGGAUCUGUUAAUCUCGGCAUCCGCCGACGUUCAGUGCGACCAUUGACGCUCGUGCCUGAGGACGAAUUGCGGCGAAACAGACAGGCAUCCCCGCUGUCUUCAGCCGCCUUGGGACAGUACCACUCAUCUCAUACAAAUCAACCACACCACGGGGCUCAUGCAUCUCUCACUUACGAGAAUCGACUGGCUCCCAUUCAUUCACUGGCGCUCCCAGUUGAUCGUCAAGCGUCCAUUUCACCAGCAUCAUUUCUGUCCCCAUCGAGAAAGCGGUCGAUAUCUGCUGUAGAGAACGAACCUUCGUCUCAUAAUGACAACGAAAGUCAUAAGCGCCUGUCUUCCAUCAAAUCCAUUCUCAACCCGAUGCCGAGUUCUGAGAUACACCGAGAGGUUUCGCCGGCAGACCAGUUACGGAUGCAACCAGCCUCCCGGUCCCCAGCCAUGAGCAGUCUGACUCCAGCACACAGUCCAGGGUCAUUUUCAAACAGUACGGUUAUUGGGACACCAACAUCAGCUCCGAUUUUGCGGAGCGCCUCGAGAGAUACCCACAAUGAUAGCGAGCGGAUGAAGGCAGAGCGAAGAGCAGCGUUGGAGCGCGAGGCCGAAAUGAUGAGAGAGUUGCUGGCCGCAAAGGAACGGGAGCUUGCCGAGUUGGGUUAUGAUUGACAUGCGGAGGCUGAAAAAGCGGCAUGCUGUGAAUUCGGGGGAAACAACUGGAGUUAUUCGGGAGAGCAUACCCAUGGAAUUUGACUUGUGCAUAGAUAGAUAGCAACGGAAGGCAUAGUCUUUUUGAGGAAAUCCCAAUGACAGUUGGAGCCAGAGACCUUUAGUCAUAGUAUCCGCAUAGUGGUUAUGCGUCUAUUCAUCGAUGCCGU